AUGCUAUCUGCAAAUUUGCCCCUGCUACUGCUGCUGCUCUCGGGGGCAGCAGCCACGGCCAUGGCUACAGCCACCCUUGCUCAGGAGAGUGGCACCGCUGGCCAGGACAGUGGGGAAGGCAUGGAAACGCAGCCCAGCGGGCCCCAGACCUUUCUCGCCCGGUGGUACGAGUGGACCUCCCAGGCCCGGGGCGGGACCGAUGCGGGGGCCGUGUCCCAGCGGCGGACAAGUCCUCCCGUGCCGCCACCCCGGCCUGCACCCUGCCGUACUUUCUUCUGGAAGACCUUCUCCUCCUGCAAGUAG